AUGGACAGAGAGACGUUAAAAAUGUGGCAUGGUUUUACUAUUGUAUUUUUAAUAUCUUUAACAACCAUGUCACAACUACUUAAAAUCAAGAAUUCAUUAUUAUUAUCAUCAUCAUCACCACAAUCGAUUAAAUCAUAUAGAAGAAAUGCACCUCCAAAACCAAAUCCAAACUAUAUUGCUGUUCUUGAUGCACCAGAACCUCGUCAUUUCCCAAGACUACAAGAAGCUACACCAGUCAUCGAGACCACCUCUACCUCUUCAGUUUAUCUCAGAGGAACCAAUCUACUCGGUCAAUCAUCAUUGAAAGGAAGAUCAUCAUCUUCAACUUCUUGGGCAUCGUCAUUGUUUGGUGAAUUUGAACCAAGUCAGUUUACAUCACGUCGUCGUAUUUCAACAGCACCACUUACACAAUUCCAAAAGGAUCCAUCACCGGAAUACCACAGACAUAGUACAUCACAUGCCUACUCCAAGAGAGAACAUUUGGACAAGAUCGAGAAAGAGUUUGUCACACCAACCAGAUACGAACCAAAAACAUUUGGUGAUCACUUUGCCAGAUAUGCUGUCAAAUCUUUAAGAUUAUUAAGUAAUAUGUUCUUUAAGGAAAAGUAUAUUCAUUAUGCUUGCUUACUUGAAACAGUUGCAGCAGUACCAGGUAUGGCUGGUGGUAUGCUUCAACAUCUUCAUUCACUUAGAACUUGCAAGAACAUUUAUGUAAUCAAGACAUUGUUGGACGAAGCUGAGAAUGAAAGAAUGCAUCUCAUGACAUUUAUUGAAAUCACCAAACCAACUGUUGGUGAACGUGCCUUGAUUGCAUUAGCUCAAGCCGCCUAUUUGGUCGAUUACAUGAUCCUCUAUCUCGUUUCACCAAAGACAGCACAUAGAUUCGUUGGAUUUUUAGAAGAAGAAGCUGUAUUGACAUACACCAAUAUGCUUCGUGAUUUGGAUGCAGGAUUGGUAGAAAAUGUCAAUGCACCAGCCAUCGCCAAAGCAUAUUGGGGAUUGCCAGAAGAUGCCAAACUUCGUGAUGUCAUCAUGGUCAUCCGUCAAGAUGAAGUUGAACAUGCCCAUGUCAACCACGACAUUUCAAAUACACUCGCAACCGAAAAGGUUCCAUCCAAACAAACAACUCCCACUACUCCACCACCUAGCAGUAGCAGUAAUACUGCCACUUUGGCCUAA